CAGCAGCUGGAGCCAAACAAACUGUGCAGGCUGGAGCUUUGGCUUUCAUUGGCACCUCGCUACAGAUUUAUCAACAAGGAUCACAGUGAGCACAAUGGCCACAGACUGGUUGGGUAGUGUUGUGUCCAUUAACUGUGGACUGACGCUGGGAGUUUAUCAGGGAGAGGUGUCAUCUGUUGAUCAUGCCAGUCAGACCAUCUCACUAAGACAGCCCUAUCACAAUGGGGUCAAGUGCCCUGUUUCUGAGGUCACAUUCAGUGCCAUGGAUAUCAAGGAGCUGAAGUUCCUAGAUAUCCAGAAUACAGUCAACAAGCCCAGUUCUGGUCAGGGAGCUGCAAAACAACCCAGCAUCAUAUCAGCAGGGCGCCAUGGCCAGAGUAACAGAACCACUCACCCUCCUGUAACAAGCAGCAGCUCUCAUUCUGGCGCUGCUCCUAUCACCAUCCUACGCAGAGUUUCAUCUAAUAGUAGAGGGGUGAUACCAGCCACAGCAAAGAAAAACAAUGUGAGGAAUGGAGGCACUGGAGGGCCGAUGAGGUCAAAGGAUGACGAGUGCUUCGGAGACGGGACCGAUGAGGACCUGGACACUGACUUCGACUUUGAGGGAAAUUUGGCUCUGUUCGACAAAGCUGCCGUCUUCUCCCGGAUUGAUGGGACCAAUCGCCACAGUAGCGGGGCACAGCAUCACAGCACACAGGCCGAACAGAAGCCACUGUCCUAUCGCCAUGACGAGAAUAUUCUGGAGGGGAAGCCUGUCAUAUACCGACAGAUAACAGUGCCCCAGCAGGGGGGCAGAGAGUAUUGUACUGACUCAGGCCUGGUGGUGCCCAGCGUGCCCUAUGAGCUUCAUAAGCGUCUACUAGCAACUGCAGAGCACUGGGGCCUGUCUCUUGAGCGCAGGCUGGAGAUGAUAGGUGUUUGUUCCAGUCAGAUGGCUCUCACGCUGCUCGGUGGACCAAACAGACUCACACCAAAAAACGUGCACCAGAGGCCCACCGUGGUUCUCCUGUGUGGGCCCCACCUCCAGGGAGCCCAGGGCAUCAGCUGUGGUAGACACUUGGCCAACCACGAAGUGGAGGUCAUCCUCUUCCUGCCCAAUUUUGUCAAGAUGCAGGAAUCUGUCACCAGUGAGGUCAACCUCUACAGCAGGACCAGUGGCAAGCAAGUGUCCAGUGUCAAAGACCUUCCUGCGAGCCCAGUCGAUCUGCUCAUCAACUGCCUGGACUGCCACGAGAACCAACUGUUGAGAGAACAGUCCUGGUACCAAUCAGCCGCUGACUGGGCCAACCAGAACCGGGCUCCAGUCCUCAGUAUUGAUCCUCCUGUCAGUGAGCAGCAUCAGACUGUCGAGGCGAAGUGGACUCUCUCUUUAGGACUUCCUCUCCCUUUAGCUGAGACAGAGAGCAGGGUCUACCUCUGUGACAUUGGCAUCCCUAAGCUGGUGUUCCAGGAAGUUGGAAUCAGAUACCUCUCACCCUUUGGAUGUAAAUUUGUCAUUCCUCUGCACCGAGCGUAACAGAAAACCACUCACACUUAGGUGCAAGUGCACAGUGGGAGCGAAAGGUCUGCUUUUCCACUGUGAGUUUAAGGCACCAUUGCCAGCAUGUGUGUGGCAACCGUGACCAAAACAAUCUUCAGUUACAAAGUUUAUAGACCUUAAUGACACAUUUGAGGGCGUCAUCUGAAAGACUAACCUAUGCAUGUGUUGUAGGUUUGUCCGCUUAUUCCCUGGACGCUCUGAGGUUGCUGCACAUUGCGUGCGACAACUCUUGUUUUUGAGAGAGAAAGGUUUCCUGUUCUUUGGUGUGUUUUGAUAAGGGCUCUGUGACUAUGUGAAUAUGUUUACAAAAUGCUGACCACUGUGAGUCUAUGUGACCUCUGACCCUGUGACCAGUCAGAGCAGCAGCGACUCAGUUCCUGUUUCCUCCUUUAGAUUACAUGUGGAGUCUGAUGCUGACCCCGUGAACUGGGGCUCAGCUCAGCCUAAAUCUGCCAUUUAUCUCCUCCACAGUUGAUGUCCACUGUGUUUCAGUUUAAUGGAUUUUUGUUUUUGGUUUUUUUUGGGUUUUUUUUUACAAACACAAAUGGGUAUAUUUUGUCUGGUAAUAGCUGUAGCAUGUUACAUUGAAAAGGUGGUAUUAUAAAGUUUAUAUUUGUAUUUAUUCUUAAGUACACCUCAGGAAUUAGGUAUGAAAUUUGAAAUACUUUAUAUUUACAUUUCCAUUACAUUCGAGGGCACUCUUUCUGCACUGUUGGUUGUUCUGAAUUCAUAACCACUAACAGUGAAAAUGAGAAGUGGUAGCAGACGCCCCAGAGGAUUAAUUUUCUGUAUUUCUGAAGUCCAGCAGAUUAGAGCGGAAUUUGAAGCACACAUUCCAAGGACCAAAAAAACAUCUUCAUCUCCAGGGAUUAUAGUCAGGCAGGUGCAGUGAAACAUUUUGACACAUCAGAUUCAGCCACAUCCAGUGAAAUAACCACUCCAACCAACUUCCUCUGCUUCAGUCAGCAUUGUGAUCUUGUGUUAAAACUUUGGAUCAGCAAAAUGUCAAGUUUAUAAGAAAAAGUAAAACAGCCUUAUUUUUAGACUGGCAGCUAUGCACUUUGGGAAAAUAUGCAGGUAUGGCUUUUCAAAAGCCGUUAAGUCCUUGUGUCAGGAACUUCUUUUCCAUCCACCACUUGCAGUAAAAACUUGUAAAUAACAAAGCUGUGGUCACAAAUGAUAAAUGACAGCUUUAAUAGGCUUUGCAGGGUUCACACUUAACUAAUGUCUACAUUUAAUGUGGACAUUAGUUAAGUGUUACCAAGGACAGCUGUGAGAAUUGUACUUCUUUAUCUCGCCAGAGUUUGCUCAAAACCAGAAGCUGCCCAAAACCAGGUGUGAACACCUGGUGGAGGGAAGCAGAAUAGAUUCAAUUUAAUUUGUUGGUGCUUCUUUAAAGUUCUGAAUAAGGCGUCUGACUACUCAUGUAAAUGACAUUCAAAAGACUGCAGCCUUUUUUCCUGUACUUUCUCAGAACUGCUAUUCUUUUUCCUCUGCACUGCAGCAAAAACCUUUAUAUUUGAUUAUGACUACCUAUAACAAAUGUUUUAGAAAAUACCAUGCAGGUUUGAUUGUAGCCAAGGUUCUGGCUGCCUUGUUCCCAGCCUUCUUGGUUAUUGCUGAUAAGCCGCUAAUUUAAGAGCAAAGUACCUUUUGUAAGCCUGUUAAAGAUGUCCUAUGGAAAACCUGAUCUAGAAACAUGUCAUUUUUAAAUGUAUCUUUGAGUAUACAUGUGAAGCACCAGGCAAAGUAUUUGAAGGUGCAAAAAUAUCUCAUUGAUAACCAUAUGGUAGGGUGACGGUGGGUGCUCCUUUUAUAGCAAAUAAAAUAAAAACACU